UCGCCGCUGGGCUUUGGGCACUCAGUCAGCGCUCACGAAACUCACCGAGUCAUUGGUUUGGCUGAGGCCCCGCGCCUCCGGCCGUUGGCGUCGUCGUCUACUCGCCGAAAACCUCGCCGAAUCCCUGGCGCGGCGCAGAAACCCUUCGUGCCGGAUUCCCCAGCCUUCAGAAUCCACCUGGUCGUCUCCUCUAUAAAAGCGCCGGGAGGAUCUGCCGACGUUGCCGUUCAUAGGCGGCGGCGGCUCUCGGGUGUCCUGCGCCUGCACUGCACCACCCCACUCUUCUUCCACUUCCAGUGAAACGGUUUCAAGGCAGAAACUCUCCUGGAAUUAAUUAUUGAGCCAUCGGAGAUUGCAUUUGCCAGUGCAAGCAAAUUCCAGAACUAAGGAUGGCAACACAGCUAGUUUUCUCCAAUGCUUCCAGUUGCCGGUGCCCAUUAGGCAUUUCGCCAAUAAGGAAGACGCUUCUUGGUGAAAGUGCAAGUUUUCAGAGAAAGAAGUGGUUUGCUGGUGAUUCCUAUCGCUUUUCUCGACUCGAGUGCUCUGCAAACUCCCGCCGAGCUGGGCCAAGGCGUACCAAGGAUACCUUAUAUGACCUUCACCCUGAGAUCUCCUUGCUUUAUGGAGAAGAUAAUGGUGCAGCUACUGUAUCCAGCAAAGAGCAGGGCAUUGACACUGCAGCUGAAAGAUUGGUGGACACUCCUCCCUCUUACCGCUAUAAUGAGCCCAGGAUUAAAGUCAUAGGGGUCGGGGGUGGUGGCUCCAAUGCUGUGAACAGGAUGAUUGAAAGCUCCAUGAAGGGUGUGGAAUUCUGGAUUGUGAACACUGAUUUUCAGGCUAUGCGGAUGUCACCCAUCGAACCAGAAAAUAGGCUACAGAUUGGCCAGGAAUUGACACGUGGUCUUGGUGCUGGUGGGAACCCAGAAAUUGGCAUGAAUGCAGCCAAGGAAAGCCAGGAGUUGGUAGAACAGGCAGUUGCUGGUGCUGAUAUGGUUUUCGUGACAGCUGGAAUGGGAGGUGGGACAGGCACUGGUGGCGCACCUAUUAUUGCAGGGAUUGCAAAGUCCAUGGGUAUAUUGACUGUUGGAAUUGUCACAACCCCAUUUUCAUUCGAGGGAAGAAGGCGGGCUCUCCAGGCACAAGAAGGAAUUGCAUCGUUGAGAAGCAAUGUUGAUACACUGAUUGUAAUUCCAAAUGAUAAGUUACUGACUGCUGUAUCCCCAAAUACUCCUGUGACAGAAGCAUUCAAUUUGGCAGAUGAUAUUCUUCGGCAAGGUGUUCGUGGGAUAUCAGAUAUAAUCACUGUGCCAGGUCUGGUGAAUGUGGACUUUGCUGAUGUUCGAUCAGUUAUGUCAGAUGCUGGCUCAUCAUUGAUGGGCAUUGGAACAGCAACAGGCAAGACACGAGCCAGAGAUGCCGCACUCAAUGCCAUACAGUCUCCUCUACUUGAUAUUGGUAUUGAAAGAGCAACUGGAAUUGUAUGGAAUAUCACUGGAGGGAAUGAUCUAACCUUGACAGAGGUGAAUGCUGCAGCUGAAGUAAUCUAUGAUCUUGUUGACCCUGGUGCAAAUCUGAUUUUUGGCUCUGUUAUAGAUCCGUCAUACACUGGUCAAGUGAGCAUAACUCUAAUUGCAACUGGUUUCAAGCGCCAGGAGGAAAGUGAGAGCCGGUCUUCACAGGCUGGAGGAGACAGCAACCGUGGUCGCUCGGGUUGGUUUUCUCCCACUUCCCAGGAGGAUGGCCAUGCAUUGCAAAUCCCAGAGUUCCUUCAGAGGAAAGGGCGGUCAGGGUUUCCACGAGUCUGAACGCUUUAGUUUAUUGUUUUUCUUGUCAUGGUUUUUUUCCCCCUUGGCUCUUUAUGGUAGUUUGGUAUGAUGCAGGUUUGGUUUCUAGGUCUCUGAGUUUAGCAAGGUAGAGCAAAUGUUUGAAUCCUAACUGUAGUUCGUGAACUGUAUCCUAUAUCUGUGUGCAAACUACGCCAGCUGAGUAGAUUGGCCUGGUGGCUCUGCUUCUCAGGAACCUGCAGUGAAUCAGGAUCUGAGAUCUCAGUUUGCGAGUUAUGAAUAAAAGUCAGCGCUGAGAUCAAAUUAUAAUGUCCCGUGUGAAGGUUUACACCUCCAA